GUUACGACCACAACGUCGGCGGUUUUGUCAACGUCCGUAGCGGACGCAAGUCUUUCAUUUCUUGCUGAUCACUCACUUCUACUUAUCGCCUUCGUCUUUUUGAUAGUGAUCUCAGUGGCCGUGCUGGCCGUUAUCGUUCAAUAUCAGUGUCGAGAUCGUGAACCGUGCCCGGCACCGACACCGGCUCAAUGGACCACAUGCAGUACA